GGCGCUGCGGAGCUGGGGACAUGAGACGGAGAGCAGCGGCAGAUCACUUUUCAUGAACUGAUGGUGCGUAAGAGAAAACUGAAUGAAUGGAACCCGUAGUUGAGACAGGAAACUUGUACUUCAUGUUUUAAGCUUGCUGCAAUAAGCAAAAAAAUAUCUGCCCCUGAAGUGCCCUGGGAUCAUUGGAGAAGAGUGCACUGUGGAGCAACUUCUUGUGCUUUGAAGCAGUUGGGACACCAUGAUGGAUAACCGCUUUGCUACAGCUCUAGUAAUUGCUUGCGUACUCAGCCUCAUCUCCACCAUCUACAUGGCAGCUUCAAUAGGCACAGAUUUCUGGUAUGAGUACCAUAACCCAGCUGAGAACAUCAGCGAACUUGGCAAGAUCAUUGUGGAUGACUUCAUCAGCGAUGAUGCAGAUGAGAAGACAUAUACGGAUGCACUUUUCCGAUGCAAUGGCACUGUUGGAUUAUGGCGGAGGUGUAUCACUGUGCCCAAAAACGUACACUGGUACAGCCCACCAGAAAAUGAGAUGACCACAAAGUGCAUCAGUUUUUCCCUCUCUGAUCAAUUCAUGGAAAAGUACAUAGAACCUGGGAACCACAAUAGUGGCACAGACUUGAACCGGACUUAUCUUUGGCGUUUGCAGUUCCUCCUGCCCUUUGUCAGUCUAGGCCUGAUGUGCUUUGGGGCUCUGAUAGGGCUUUGUGCUUGUGCCUGUCGCAGCCUAUACCCUGCCAUCGCCACAGGAGUUCUUCAUUUCCUUGCAGGUCUCUGCACGCUGGGUUUGGUUGGCUGCUACGUAGCUGGAAUUGAGCUGCUCCACCAGAAGUUGCCCCUACCUGAUGGCGUGAAGGGUGAAUUUGGCUGGUCCUUCUGCCUGGCCUGUGUCUCAGCUCCUUUGCAGUUCAUGGCAGCUGCCCUAUUCAUUUGGGCUGCCCGCACUAACAGGAAGGAAUUCACAAUCUUGAAAGCAUACCGUGUAGCAUAAAUGGGGUGCUUGGUUCAUGGCCACUUGCCACUUCUUAAUACUUUAUUUUAAUGUUAUAGGCCUCUUUCCACCAUCACCCCAUAAUUCUUUUUUAAAUUUUUUUAGACAGGUAUCUGUACUGCAUGCUUCCUGCUAGCUGAGGUUCAAUAGCCUGCGUAUUUUGUGGGCUAACUUACCAAAUCUGAAUGGUUUUCCCCUUGCCAGAAGUCUGCAGAAUUUUAACAGGCUUUUUUAUUGCAUAUUUUUUUAAGAACACUUUUUUUAUUUAGCUUGUUUGAACAUGGACCUCUUCUUGGUUGAGAGAUAUUCCCCUUCCAAAUUCUACUGUUCAUUGAACUGGACUAUCCCCCAUUUCAGUCUGAUCUGAAAAAAA